CGACAUUCGAACACAUGUCAGUGUAUGUGUCGCAUCGUCCACAAUAAAAUUGAGUUGAGGAUGCUUGACUCGGCACACGACCACAAACCGGUGACAAGAUAAGAUCUCAAGGAUGGCCAAACGUGUACGAACGGUGAAAAUCUGCGAAAAUGUUCAUCCUACCAAGAUUUUGUUUGAAAGCCUUCCCGACGAAGUGCUAGCUCAAAUUUUAUCUUAUUUACCAAAGGUUUUUCUCGUUCGCCUUUCCAUUGUGAAUUCGCGUUGGCAUCGAGUCUGUUUCGACGCGAGUAUGUGGCGGGACGUAUGUAUUCCUUUUCACUUCAGAUAUAAUGUUGUGGACAGCACUUUAAUGAAGCUGACGGCAUUUAGUAGAAAUGUGAAUAAGCUUUAUUUAGUCGAAUGUCGAAAUUUGACAGACGACUUACUUGAAUUUAUUUCGAUCCAUUGCCCGCAUUUGAAGAAACUACAACUUUGUGGCUGUAUUAAAAUCACUGAUAAAGGAAUGCUGAGCAUAGCUCGGCGGUGUACGAAACUCAAAAAACUUGGAAUUGCGAAGACAAAGAUUACAGAUCAAAGUCUAAACAUUCUUAUUCAAAAUAACCCUAGUUUGACAUCUCUCGAAACCAGCACUCAAGCGUGUACGGUCGAGACUUUCGGAGGACUAAGGAAUUGUAAAUCUUUGAGGAAACUUAAAGUUUACGAAACUCCAGAAGAGGUUUUGGUGAAAGAUGGCGGGAUUUUGCUGGACGAUUGCAUGAUGGAAGCACUUGGGAAAUCCUGCCCGAGCUUAACUCAUUUAGUUUUAAUUUAUGAUAAUGUCGAAGCAUCUGAUUCUUCGUUCCGUGAGGUAGCUCGCGGCUGCCCUUUGCUUGAAAAUCUGGAGAUUGACAGUUGCCCCGCGGUUGGAGAUCAAGGCAUCAAGGCUUUGGUUGAAAACGGGUUGUUGGAGCACCUGCAUUUGGGAGAGAGUCAGGUGAGCGAUGAAACACUACGUGCUGUUGCGACAUACCUGCCAAAGAUACGAAGUUUGAAGCUCGAAUAUGCUGAUGUCACUGAUAACGGGGUGUUUCAUUUAAUAGGGCAUUGUAAAUUCCUGGAAGAAUUAAGCCUCGGUGUGAAAAUUCCAGAAAAUUUGACUGACAUCACUGCAAGCAUCAUAUCUUGUCUUUCCGGCCCGUUUUUGUGCUCACUCGAGUUCAACUCUUGCGCAAUUACUGACCGAGGGCUCGCGAUUCUUGUGAACAAUUCCGUGCUACUAACGUCCCUGACUUUAAAAGCAUGCACGCAGAUUUCUUUCGAGGGCUUAAUGAAGUGUUUGAAGCGUUGUCAAGAAUUAAGACUGCUCGAUGUAUCAUUCUCAGGACUUGUUCAAAAUGCAAUUCAGUUGAUGGACAUCGCCGAAAUUUUACCCAAUCUGUGCUCGCUUGGCGUUGUUGAUGUCGAAGGAGUGACGGACAAAGAUUUAGAAACAUUUCAGUCGCUUUAUCCACUUUGUGAUGUAAGGCUGUAAGAUCAGUGGCCAGUUAUGCGGGUAGUAGGGAGUUUACGAUCUACGACGCGGCCGGCUCGACGACGCGCUUUCAAUGACAAAGAAAUUUGAUGUUUCCACAAACAAUAGUAUUAUAUAUGUGUUUUAUCGCCAUGCAAACCUACAAAGAACUUACAAAGAAAUUUGUCAUGCAAGACAAAAACUGUCAAUAAUUCGUGGUCCCAUGAGUAUUGUCAACCGCGUUGUCAUUCUCAACACAACGUUAAAAAAGAUUAUUACGUCUUUCAGGCAACGCGAAAGCUUGAUGCGACACAAGAGGUGAUACUAAAAGUCGAAAUUACAGCAAACAUUGCAUCGCUUUAUACCCGAACGUAGCAUUUUGUAAGGUUAUUUGAAGGAGUAAAAUAUUUAUUACAGUAAUCGAAUUGCUUAGCGCUCAUUCUUGAGCUAAAAUUUAGACCGCGUCGUUGAGCCGGCCGCGUCGCAGAUCGUAAACUCCCUAGUGUUAGCCACCUGGGGCCGGUUGUUCAAAAGUGGGUUAGCGCUAACUCUGGGUUAAAAUUUAACCUGCUGUUUUAGUUUGUGUGUUUCUGCACGUCUGUUUAUUUCAAUACUUCAGAGAAGUAAUAAACUCCUGUCGAUCCAGACAACAUCUCUGAAGAAAUAUUUCCAAAUUUAUAGACAAGCUGUAAGGAAGUUUGCUUUGAAUUUUAGGUUAACCCAGGGUGAAAGCUAACCCAGCUUUGAACAACCGGCCCCUGUAUGCAUGAUAGCCAUUUUUCAAGUGUUUCCCUUUGUCACCGACAAGACUUGAAACUCAAAAUUAGACUUAUUCAAUCACACGACUUUAAUACUGAAAGUGUCGUAUGAAUAUGUAAUAAAUAAUAAUAAAUAAAUACAUAAAAUAAAUUAAUGAAUUAAAAGACAGAAC